AUGGUCAAUAAGUUUAAAAAAGACAUGAUGAAGACUUUUGAGAUGACCAAUUUUGGCCUAAUGCACUAUUUUCUUGGAAUUGAAAUAACUCAAGAAGAAGAAGGGACCUUCAUCUCACAAAAGAAGUAUAUAGAAACUCUUUUGAAGAAAUUCAAAAUGGAGGAGUGCAAAACAGUCUCUACCCCAUUAGACAACACCAAAGCAAUCAAAAAGGAAGAUGGCUCACCAAAGGCAAAUGAAUCACAAUUUCGGAGUAUGAUUGGAAGUCUCCUCUAUUUAAUUGCUACAAGACCAGACAUCAUGUAUGCAGUUAGUCUGCUAUCAAGAUUCAUGCAGAAUCCAAAUCAAGUCCACCAUGGAGCAGCUAAAAGAAUACUAAGGUAUUUGCAAGGUACAAAGAACUAUGGAAUUUGGUACAGAGUCACACAUGACUCUAAGCUCAUUGGCUAUACAGACAGUGAUUGGGCAGGUUCAGUAGAUGACAUGAAAAGUACAUCUGUUUAUGCUUUCACAAUUGGAUCAGGGAUAUUUUCUUAG